AUGGAAGGCACAUCCUCUAGAAAACGCAAACAGGCCGAUAUCUGCUUACAAAAAAGAAGCGACGAGUAUACAGUGGGAUGGAUUUGCGCCAUAUGCACCGAAUAUACCGCCGCGCAAGCUGCUCUCGAUGAGGAGUAUGGGAGACCCGACUAUAUGGCGCCGGGCGAUCAUAACGACUACACAUUUGGCCGCAUAGGAGAUCACGAUGUUGUUGUUGCCGUUUUGCCGGAUGCAGAUUACGGAACAGAUUCUGCGGCACUCGUCGCAAGGGACAUGCUGCAUUCUUUCGCCAAUAUCAAGGUCGGGCUGAUGGUUGGCAUUGGUGGCGGUGCGCCGAGUGAAAGGUGUGAUAUUCGCUUGGGUGACAUCGUGGUCAGCACCUCUCGUGAUGGGCAGAGCGGCGUAUUGCAAUACGACUUUGGCAAAAUGGUGCAGGGCGAGCCGUUUCAACCAACGCGACUAUUGGAUCAGUCGCCAAGGAUCUUACGAGCAGCGGUCAAUGGGCUUAAAUCGCAAUACCAACGCAAAGGCUAUGGCCAGUUGGGGGGAAUAAUUGACGACAUUCUCAAAAGAAACCCGAAUUUACGAAAAGAUUUUGGUCGUCCAGAUCUUACCAGUGACAGGCUCUAUCGUAGCGAGAUUAUACAUCCUACCGAUGGCAUCAACACACCAGAUUGUUCGCUUUCCUGUGGAGAUGAUCCGUCAAAGUUGAUUAUACGAUCUAGGCGAGUUGCAGAUGAGAGCUCGCCUAUUGUUCAUUACGGAAUAAUUGCUUCUGCAAAUACGCUCAUGAAAGAUGCCGUGCUGCGCGAUAAGCUCGCACGGGAGAAGAAUAUUAUAUGUUUCGAAAUGGAAGCUGCCGGCCUCAUGAAUCAAUUACCCUGUUUGGUUGUUAGAGGAAUAUGCGACUACUCAGAUUCGCAUAAGAACAAACAGUGGCAAGGGUAUGCCGCCAUAGCAGCGGCAGCUUACACAAAGGAUCUUCUCCAUCGAAUCCCUCUGGAUAACAUCAGCACACUACAAAGA